AUGAAGGCCCAUCGGCUCCUUGCCUUUUUCGCAUUGGAAGCCGUUGCAGCGCCGCCGGCGUCCAAUCUAACGCUGGCUGUUCUCGGCGGCCGUCCAAGUCCUAUUGUCGACACGGCAGUCAUCGGCAAGAGAGUGUUUGAUGCCAUUUCAUAUGACAGCAAACCAGCGAGCGAAGGCAGCACAGCUUUGCCCCGAGAUAUUAUUGAACGUCUGGCUCCCGAAAAUACACAAACUAUUUCUGCUGGCUUAGCUCCCAUUCACAAGCGAGACGCCUGUGAACGCUCCUAUUUUACCGACGAUGAAGUUCUCUUGGCAGAAAGCCCGCUGACCAGUCCUCCCAGUGAAGAGGGAGGGCUUACCAUUCCAAAAGAACAGAUGGCAAGUCCAGAGGAGGUUCGAGCAUCCCAGGUAGCCGAAUCCGUGUCGGAAAAGGAGUUUGCCGAGCUCGCAGCCGCUCGUGAACUGACUGCUUUUGCAAAAGCGACGUGGUCACUGGAUUUGGCUGGCGUACGCAAAAAUCUGCUGGGAUAUAAGCCGCUUGCACCGGAAUCCCCUGCACUAAGGCCUCUCAAGUUGGGUUCAGCUGCUCCUUUGUUUAUUAGCGGUGGCUUGUGGGUUGCCGGAGUCCUCCAGUCUUUCAUCAAGGACGUCUCAGCGCUCGACAAAGCUGCGGCUAUUACAUCUAUUAUCCCGUUUAUUGGCUGUGGAGUAAAUGCGGCGGCCGACAUGGAGAAGGGCAGCUUUGACGACAUUGAUACAGCCAUGUGUCUUAUCGGCGACGGACUGUUGCUCAGUCCACUUGCUCCUGUCGGCAUUGUUAUUCAUGUCGUUCGGGCUAUUAUAGCCCAGUUUAAACCACCGCGACUGCCUGACCAAGAAAGUCUACAAAAGGCCCGCGAUGACGUUUGGGCCAAGCUCCUUGAUGACAAGGUUUACACAUAUAUCUAUUCGGAUAGAUAUUUGUACCCAGAAAAGGGCUUCCGAGAUAAAUUAAAUAGCUCUCUUGCUGUCGAGUCCCUAGCCGUCCUGUCUACAGCCGCACAGAGAAUUGGCGCGGUUCACGCAAGCUGCAGCAGGACCUUAUUGAACGCUAGCAUAUCUGCCGAAGAGAAGGCUGAGAUCCAGAUCGAGGCCCAGCAAGCGGCAAGUAAGAUUCGAAGUCGUACUUCAAUUGAGGUCAUACGCUCGCAGCGCCAAUUAUUGCUGGAUAUACCAGUUCGCCUAAGGCAGAAUAUCGAUCUCUCUCUGGAAGCGUUAUCCAACGGAUAUAAUCAAAACUUUACCGCCAAGCUUACAUCUCCCGAGAUGGUUCGCCACUAUACGACAACUUUUAUUGGAGAUCUUGGGCUUCUCGGAGACCGACUAGAUGAUUCGGGAGACGUCUACAGGAAGCUAAGCGAGAUCAGCACACAUCUAAUUAAUACUCCGCCAUCUUUGCCUAGUCUUUUCGAUAUUGCCUACAUCACGGGACAGUCAAAGGGCCUCGAAGGAAUCGAUCCGCUGGUCCUAUCACCGCGGCGUUUUAUAACGUAUCAAUUAACCGGACUAUCAUUGCACAAGCUUAAUAUGCUCUCACUACACCACACCCUGGAGGUUGCGCGAUUGCUCCAGGGUAAAACGACCAUGGAUAAGCUUUCUGCGCUCUGGCCAUCCAAAGAUGCAGAGGCUGUUCAACAGCUUCACCUCCUUAUUACCAUGAAAUACGGAAGGGUAUAUGAUGAGUGGAAGAUGAAAUGGGCCAAGAAGGAGUUUUCAGGCGUCAUGGCAAACUUGAUUGACGCGCAUUAUCCUGGAGCCGUGCGAUUCCUCACGCACCCGGAUAUUCCUCCUGUCGGGAGCAACCCGGACAACCCCCCUUAUCUUGCUCUCAUCAUGGGACUAAGCACGGAAGUUGUUGACAAUCUGCUGGAAAAUGCUGACUUGGAACAUAUUGAUAUGAGCCAAGUCAAAGUCCGGGUCCAACGACUGCGAGAAAUGUUGAGCAGCACCAAGUUUCAGGAGACCAUGUUGAAGCUUCAAAUGGCAAGGGUCAAGCAACAGCCUCAAAAUUCCUGGAAUGCUACCAUGGCGCCUGCCCAUGCAACAGACAAUAAGACCAUUUGA